AAACCGGUUGGCCCCGACUGGUACAGGGUAGAGAGGAGGUGCUUGGGGCGACGUGGGGGGAAAAUUGCUGAUCUCUCACUACGCAGGUUUGACUUUUCCCGACACCGACCAACCUUGUCAUUGACAGUAAAAAAAUAAAUACAAAAAAGGUGGAUGGCAGCAACUGCAUAGCUGUCUACGUUUUAAAUCUAGUGAAUUAUAUUUUACUAGCUAGUAGAUGAAUACACGUCGGUUGCUGUGAGCAGUCAAACGUUUUUAGUACAAAGCCAGCCAACUACUUUUGCAAAGUCAGUACAGCUAACGUUGGCUAGCUUGCGUCAUUUUGGUGAGACAGUUUGCUAGCUACCUAACGAGUAAAAUUAGUAUUUAUUUUAGCUAAACACAAUUCUAGUAUUACUCAAAGGUCCGCGCUUACUAAGUCGUUAGUUUUUGGUUCAGCUAACAGUUCGCUAGUUGGUGUAGUGACCGACUUACCGGCAAAAUGUCUUUGAAAUUAAUAAUCGAUCCCUAGCGAACUUCAAAGCCAGUUAUUCACCCCCUCACUGGAGUUGGGGCUGUAAACAAACAGCGACAAGACGGCAAGAGAAGGGAAGGAGGCGCUCGAAUCGCUCCUUCAGGAUUCAUCCACUGCAUCAUCAAAAAUGGAGUUGGCACUGGCGCAUCCAGCUCUCAAGGCCUUCAUGUGUGGCUCCCUCAGCGGUACCUGCUCCACGCUGCUCUUCCAGCCUCUGGACCUGGUCAAGACGCGCCUGCAGACCUUGCAGAACACCAUGAAGCCUGGAGCUCCUAAGGUGGGGAUGAUGACGGUGCUUAUCCAGGUCAUUCGGACAGAAAGCUUUCUGGGCCUGUGGAAGGGAGUGUCACCGCUCGCCCUCCUCUCUCUCUCUCUCCCUCUCUCAACUCUCCCUCUGUCCUCGCACUCUCUCCCUCUGUCCUCGCACUCUCUCUCUCUGUCCUCGCACUCUCUCUCUGUCCUCAUACUCUAUCUCUCUCCAGUCUUUUUGCGCUGUAUCCCAGGCGUAGGGAUCUACUUCUCUACCUUCUACUCACUGAAGCAGCACUACUUCCAGGAGGGCCGGGCCCCUAACGCUGGGGAGGCUGUGCUGCUGGGGGCCGGGGCCAGGGCCGUGGCUGGGGUCUGCAUGCUGCCUGUCACCGUCAUCAAGACACGCUUCGAGAGCGGACGGUACAACUACGUGAGUGUCCUGGGAGCUCUGAAGAGCGUGUGUGAGACGGAGGGACCCAGGGCUCUGUUCUCCGGGCUGACGGCCACACUGCUCCGAGACGCCCCCUUCUCUGGCAUCUACGUCAUGUUCUACAGCCAGGCCAAGAGGUCCCUGCCACCGGAGGUGAGCUCGUCACCCUAUGCCCCAUUGGGGAACUUUGGCUGUGGGGUGAUGGCCGGAGUCCUAGCCUCUGUGGUCACCCAGCCAGCUGACGUGGUCAAGACUCACAUCCAGGUCAGCCCGGCCCACUGGACCACCAAGGACGCCAUUCGCUACAUCUAUACGGAGCAUGGUCUGAGGGGUUUCUUCCGUGGGGCUGUGCCACGCUCUCUGAGGAGGACUCUGAUGGCAGCCAUGGCCUGGACUGUCUACGAACAGCUGAUGGCCCGCAUGGGACUCAAGUCCUGAGGAGAGGAGACAGGGAGGAACUGAUAAAGGAGGAAUAUGGGGACUUGUUUUUAUACAAAGCAGCAGUAUGAAGUAGAAGAAAGAGGAGGAUGAGAAGGAGUGAAGGAGGAGGGAGAGAGGAGGUGUAGGGACCGUUUAUCACUGCAACUAGCUUGGGAAAGAAAGAGGUGGGUGUCUGUGGCAUGGAAGAGUGUGUGUGUGUUUUGCAUGUUGUUUAUGAGAGUUAUUGUGAAUGUUUGAUGUAUGUCCUUACAUUGUCAACCCUGACCUUAAAUGACAUCCCCUUUUGCUGAGAACUGAACGGAUCCCUCUGACUGGGGAGACCAUAGAGAACUAUCUAUUUCUAUGGGGGAGACCAUAGGGAUGUAUUUAAUAUAUUUCUAUGGGGGAGACCCUCAGACUGGGGAGACCAUAGAGAUUGAUCUAUUUCUAUGGGGGAGACCCUCAGACUGGUUAGACUAUAGAGAAUGAUCUAAUUAUAUUUCUAUGGGGGAGACCCUCUCAGACUGGGGAGACCAUAGAUAAUUAUCUAUUUAUAUUGGGGAGACCCUCUCAGACAGGGGAGACCAUAGAGAAUGAUAUAAUUAUAUUUAUAUGGGGGAGACUCUCUCAGACUGGGGAGACCAUAGAGAAUGAUCUAAUUAUAUUUCUAUGAGGGAGACUCUGACUGGGGAGACCAUAGGGAAUUAUCUAAUUAUAUUUCUAUGGGGGAGACUCUCUCAGACUGGGGAGACCAUAGAGAAUGAUCUAAUUAUAUUUCUAUGAGGGAGACUCUGCCUGGGGAGACCCUAGAGAAUGAUCUAAUUAUAUUUCUAUGGGGCAGACCCUCAGACUAUGACCACUGUGGUUUAGCUCUGGAUACCACUCCAGUGACAGAGACUGUCGCCGACUGUCACCCACUACCACUGUCUAUGACUAUGAAUGACUGGGACUAACAUCUAGGUGUCUCUAACACUCCCAAGACGAAACAGCAGCUUUGAUUGAAUUAGCUCAGCAAGAGGUUAUCCGCUGGCUAAAAGUGUAGUGGACUGGACAAAGCUACCCAGUGCCAUAACAUUACAUUUACAUUACAUUUAAGUCAUUUGGCAGACGCUCUUAUCCAGAGCGACUUACAAAUUGGUGAAUUCACCUUAUGACAUCCUGUGGAACAGCCCACGCAACAUAUUUACAAAUGACCGGCAGAAUAGAUUAUAACAGCACAGUGAUUAUUGUGACCUGUCGACUGACUGAAGGAAAUACGAUAUUUAUUGACUGACUAAAAUAUUUCUUACUAGCUUGGACAAUCAAGACAAUAUUGCUGUGCAUUGUAGCAAAAGACGAGGCUGAUAUUUUCUAUACUGCAACUGCACAAUUAGCUACUAGCAACUUAGCAUUGGCAUACUUAGCCAUAUUAAAAUAGUGUACAGCAGGUGUUCUCUAUACCCAAUUCAACUGGGAUCUCAUUUCUAGUGCAUUCCAUUCUGGUUGCAGUGUUGUAGACCAGAUGUGCUUUAUCUAACCAGUAAUGAUAGUCAAUCCCAGAGUCAUAGAUGGAUAAUUGGCUCUAGUCAAUGCCAUUGGAACCCAGACAAUGCAACUCUGGCCCCCAUUGUGCUGUAGCAUUGUGAGACAAUAGUCAACAUCACGAUCAUGAACAUGCAGCUUCAGCAUCACUGUAUUACAUGGGCCGGAUUCAGUAGGCACAAAAAGAAAGCAAACCGGAGUGACGAGCUUAUCUUAUCCUAAAUGACAUGUAAAAUGUUUUUGUUUUUCAAUGCAAAACAUUUUGCUAUGGUGUGCACUAAUGUACACUACCCAGCUAAAUAUAGGAAUCCAUUUCAGUGAUGCACAGCCAUGGUCCUGGAUGGUCUCUUAUUAGUUUUGUAAAUGAAUAGGCCUAUGUAUUCAGCAUUUUGAGUAGUUCAUUUUUGGAAGCCCAUACACGUGUAUAUUUUUAAACCCACAGUGUCCAGUGUGCCAUGUUAUGGGUAUUAUUUUUUUGAACAUGUCAGCUUUGUGUUAUGUGUUAUAUUGAAAAGUAUUGUUACAGAUUCAAAAUAUACACUAAGUGAGCGCUACUCAGUAUUAGGAGGGUGUUCUUAAUGUUUGGAAUACUCAGACUAUAGAGCCUGAAGCUUUGAGGACCAGAGAUGGCUGAGAGAAACUGAUUUAAAUCCAGUACCAUCACUACAAUCACUGUUUGCCAACUGUUUUUGCGUUUUACACUCACAAAUGAAAAAGACAAAACAGCUUCAAUAUACACUGUGGCCAGUUUAUUAGGUACAUCCAUCUAGUACCGGGUCGAACCCCCUAUGCUUCCAGAACAACCGGAAUUAUUUGGGACGUGGAAACGUUGCUCAAUUGCUAUCAAGGGACCUAACGUGCGCCAGGAAAACUUUACCCACACCAUGACACCACCGCCACCAGCCUGGAUGGGGCAAUGGAUUCCUGCUGUUUAUGCCAAAUCCUGACUCUGCCAUCAGUAUGAACCAACAGGAACCUGGAUUCCUCUGACCAGGCAAUGUUUUUCCACUCCUCAGUUGUCCAGUGUUGGAGAUCACGUGUCCACUGGAAGCGCUUGUUUAUAACUUAUAGGACCGGACCCCGGUGUGGUUGUCUGUUGCAAUAGGCCAUCCUAGACUAGGAUAGAUGAGUUACGCAUCUCGAAAUGCCGUUCCCCGCAAUUAUUUGCCUGUUUGUGGCCCUCCUGUUUGCUUGCACAAUUCUUGCCAUUCUCCUUCGACCUCUCAUUAACAAGCUGUUUUCACCCACAGGACGGCCGCUUACUGGAUGUUUUUUGUUUGUCGCACCAUUCUCUGUAAACCCUAGACACUGUCGUGAAUGAAAAGCCCAAGAGGCCGACCGUUUCCGAGAUACUGGAACCGGCGCGCCUGGCAGCAACAAUCAUACCACACUCAAAGUUGCGUAGGUUUCUCAUUUUCUCAUUCUAACGUUCAAUCGACUGGAAACUAAAUGCCUUGAUGCCUGUCUGCCUGCUUUUUAUAGCAAGCCACGGCCACGUGACUCACUGUCUGUAGGAGCGAACCAUUUUUGUGAACGGACCUAAUAAACUGGCCGCUGAGUAGUUUGAGUCAUUGAGAGGGGAAACACUGAGUUAACCCUAGCUCAAUGCCAGUCAGUGACUGCACUUUAGAAUUCAACGCAUAUUUAUUCAUUCAUUCAAGCCCCUUAGCGGCUGGUAAAAGGACUGGGGUGAUUGACGUUUCUUGAGAAUUGGUAGCUCUUCAGCCCUUGUCUGUGUGUUUGUGUUGUCGUUACACCAAGUUGUUUUGUGCCAUAACAUUCUUACCUUGGCGAUUAUCACCGCUAUCACUAUUGUCCUUGAUAUUGUGACUUUACACUGUAUAUUGUCUGUUAUUAUUGUCAAUAUUUUGUCUGUGUGUGAGAGUUUGCUCAGACCGAUGCUGUGUCUGUUUUAUUUUUAAGUUAAUAAAAUUCCCCCCAUUUUUGUACAA